AUGUUUGGAGUUGAAAUUCAUAAAGUACUUGGAUUGCAGAAUCAAAAUUUAUAUAGAAUUGGCACAAUUUACAAUUAAUAGCAGUCAAAGGCUUGUACAUCUAUGACCAUAGAUUUUGGAUGAAAAGGGUAAGAGUUAAGAGAUUUGGAAGAUAUGGAUUAGGAUUAUACGGAUAAAAGUUUAGAAUAAAAUCUUAUUUUGCUAAAGAGUUUACAUUCAAACUUUAAAUUGUACACACAAGUAGUCAAUCGAUAAAUUAAAAAAAGAAGAUUUGAGAGGUCGAUCAGGAGAAUGAGGCUAGAUUUUUGCCAAUCAUUUAAUUUUUACAAUUAUCCAUUCAAAAAUUAUCAAACACAGCCAUCAAAAAAUCUUGUUAGAGACUAGUUGAUAGAAUAUUUAAUUCCAGUUAGUUUUGCUAUUUUUUUAAAAUGAAA